CCAUUUGAAGAAGUCAAAAGUACGCAGUUGGGGGGCGAGGGUUGAUUGCAGUUUGCAGUUGCAUCCCCACCAAUCUCCUCUUCCGUCGCUCUCCAAGAACCUUUGGUUUGACUGCUCCUGAUUUCUUAUCAUUUCCUGCACAGGCUUACGAGCGUGAUCUACGCUUCCAUUUACCUCCGUCCCUAUCAGCUUCCUCGCUUCCCUAUGCCUACGAGAAAGAGAGAAGCGUGGGCUAAUUCCUCUGUGUUUCCCAGCUUCCUGUUCACCAUGGACUCGAGGGAGUGCAUCGUCCCGUCAAACAAUCCUGCUCCAAUCUUUUGACGUCUUCGCUGGGCCUGUGCCGCCUCCCCGUACCCGCCGUUCCUGCACCGUCAAACCGCCAGCCAAGAGUCCAUUUUUUUUUCUUAUCAAAAGUUUGCGUUUGAUCGGUUUCGUUUCUAAGAGCUGCGCGAGAUGUCCUUGUUCCGGGAAGGGAGGAAACGAGAGGCUCUGUUCCUGUCGCGAUUGUUGGAGGACCUCACCAUAGUUUGAGGCGGUGAGGUGGAGGCGAUAGAGAAGACGAGACAAGAAGCAGCCGCCAGGAGCUGAGCUGAGGCCCUGCCGCCGUCUUGCCCCAACUCCAAGCGAUGUCUUGCUUCCGCUGCUUCAGCGGCUGCAGGACCAAGAGGGGCAAGGGCGAGAAGCGCCGGGAGGGGUCGACGGCGCCGGCGUCCCCGGCGGCCGCCUCGUUCCCGUCCACCGUCUCCACGGGCGCGCCAUCCAACCUCACCUUCUCCACGGCGUCGUCGGCCGUCGUCACGAGCCACUCCGAGGACUCCAGCGCGGUCAUGCGGCCGGAGGCGACCAAGUCAUCGGGCUCGGCCUCGGUGUCGUCGGCGCGGAGCAUCCCGGAGCUGUACGAGGAGAGGGGAGCCAGCAGCCUCCGGGAGUUCGGGUUCCGGGAGCUCCGGGCCGCCACCAGCGACUUCAGCCGCCUGCUCAAGGUCGGCGAGGGCGGCUUCGGGAGCGUUUACAAGGGCGUCGUCCGCCUUCCUGGCGGGCCCGCCGGCGGCACGGUAGUUGCCAUAAAAAAACUCAAUCCCAAUGGUCAUCAGGGCCACAAGCAAUGGUUGGCAGAAGUCCAUUUCCUGGGGGUUGUUGAGCACCCAAAUCUCGUCAGGCUCAUUGGCUACUGCGCUGCUCAAGGCGAGCGAGGUCCGCUGAGGCUACUGGUCUACGAGUUCAUGACGAACAAGACCCUGGACGAUCAUCUAUUCAAUAAAGCAUACCCCGUCCUUCCAUGGGACAUCAGGUUGGAGAUAGCGCUGGAUGCCGCUGAGGGAUUGCUGUACCUCCAUGAGGGAUUGGAAGUUCAGGUCAUAUAUCGCGAUUUCAAAGCUUCAAAUGUCCUGCUGGACGAGGAGUUUAGAGCGAAACUUUCAGAUUUCGGAUUGGCAAGGGAAGGGCCAUCAGCUGGUGAUACCCACGUCUCUACAGCAGUUAUGGGGACCUUGGGCUAUGCAGCUCCAGAUUAUGUCGAGACAGGCCAUCUCACUACAAAAAGUGAUGUGUGGAGCUUUGGAGUAGUUCUAUAUGAGAUCCUCACUGGACGUCGCUCAAUAGAGAGGAACCGGCCCAAGAACGAGCAGAAACUUCUGGAAUGGGUCAGGCUGUAUCCCGUUGAAAGCAAGCAGUUCAGCAAGAUUAUAGAUGCAAGGCUUGAGGGCCACUACUCUAAGCAGGGCACUAGAAAAAUUGCCAAGUUGGCCAAUAGUUGCCUUGCAAAGCACAGAAGGGACCGUCCAACGAUGAGAGAAGUGGUCGAGAGCCUGAAACAAGCAAUGCAGCACAAGGAGUUGGAUGGGAAAGCAGGGGCUUUGAAUGAGACUUCACCACCAGAGGAAAUGUCUGGAAAACCAAGCACAGAGGAUGUUGCCGUGGCAUCAGCAAGGCGGAGGAUGCUUCAUUUGGCUGCCCUAGGUGAGAAUGCAAACAGCAUUGCGAGGAGGAGAUUCAUGUUCAUGAGGACUGCGGCUUCUCCAACUCCUACGUAAUUUUGAGUUGUAGUUGUGAUCUUUUCUCUCUCUUUUUGAACAAAUGUGAUCUUUUCUUUUGACUUUGUACUUUUUGAAGUGGUUAUGAAGGUAGGAUCAUUGGGGAUGUUUUCACCAUGUCAUGUAUAAAUCUAUUAGAUGGCCAGACAUUGUUUUUUUACUUGUGUUCUUUGUAUAGGUAGGGUAGAUCUGAGACCCAAGAGUUACUAUGUAAAAAGGUUUCACUGCUAUAAGGAUCAUAGGUGUGAAAUGUAAUUCAGUUCUCUAUGUUUGACUGCAACUUUGAACAUCAUAAGGGUAGAUAGUAUUAAAGGUGUCAAAUCCUUCCUUUC